UUCGGGGCUAAGACACUCCCCUAGCAUCUCAGCAUUUCUUCAAAUGCUGACCGUUGUUGCUCGACGAGCCGACGACUGUUCACGCCAAUAAGAAUGACGACAAACGAAGCAGCACUGCCGCAAAAUGAAAUCGAGAGCAGCGCAAAGCACAACGUUCUCCUUGCACAUUCUUGGUUCCACGGCAUUUUGACAAAGAGUCAAGUCGAUCAGUUGAUGACGUCGCGAGGAGACGGUCACUUUCUAGUGAGAGAGAGCACCUCUUGUCCGGGAACGUACAUACUUGUUGUCAGCUACAGGCAAGAUCUUGUCAAGUUUGUAAUCGAAAAGAGAGACGGUGGUUACGUUAUUAUUCAUGCUUCGAAGAGAGUCUAUCCCAAAGUGUUUAAAACAAUUCCAGAAAUAAUCGAGCACUUUCGCAAAGAAAGGAGCGGAAUGCCAACCCGUCUGUUAAUACCAAUUCAGAGAAAAGUUCUCGGAUUUGGAAUUUGGGAAUGUCAAAGGAGCAACGGCGGGUGGCGCAUCUACUCCGGCAGUGUAAACAGCAUCAUCGAGCAGGCGAUACUUACAAACGAGACAACCGUGCGAGUACAGAUCAACAGCCAAAACUACACGAUCAGGCUCGACAACAGAACGCAGCACAAUCAUCAGACCGGAAGCUGGAGGAGGAUCAGACGACGACAAGUGACGACGAAAUAUGAAGACGCGUCGGCCGAAACGGAUGUUUUAGUCAGUCCCAGAAUGAGACGGUCCCAGACUUCGACACAAGUAAGAAUGCAGCCAGACUCUAGGACGAGUCCAGGAUUAGUGUCUUCCGGAAUGAGUCGGAGCAAGAGUUUUAGGGACAUGCAGAAAAGUCGCAUCGACUCCGGUCGACAGAACGUUAUGCACUCGUCUAAAUCAGCUUAUAGUUCACCACACAGAACACUUGCACGUUCAACCUCAGCUCGACCGAGUAACCAAGGCACCAUACUUCCGAGACCGACUAGUCCGACGUCUCAUCCUGCGAGGCAUCGCUCGGCCACAUCACCUGCCGGAGAGAUUAAUCCAAACAUUUACAAAAAAGGGUCCAAGAAGCUCAAUCCGAGACCGGGAAGUCCCGUACCGAUGACCAGGUCGUCGUCACUGAGUCCUCCUAGUCAAGAACGUGGCCAGAACAGCUUGAUUAAGAGCCGUCGUCCCGUGCUGUUGCGGCCUCAACUGACGGCAAAGUCAUCCGACGUCGACGUCGAGAGCAUGCAGAGCAAUAGCGCGUCCGCAUUCGAUGCCGACGACGAGAGCGACAGCGACGAUGAGCAGCUGUUGACGAGUCGUGUACAGAAGGUCUCCUUUGGUGCCUCGUCGACAAGUGAAGAAUGUAAACGACAAGCACAGUCACAUUCAUCAUUACGGUGUCCGUCUUAUUGGAGUCCUCUAGACAACUCCGGUAAACGACCGUCUCUCAAGCUUGUGCCUCUUCUCAAGUCGUCAAUGGAGUACAACAGAAUACUCAACGCGCUACUCAAAUCGAUGCCGGUCGUUGUUCAACGUAUUGCUCGCAUCGAGAACGUGGACUUAUGGCAGGCAUAUUACAGAAAACGUGAGGUCAUGCAGCGUUUGUGCGGCUCCGGCGAACAAGUCUACGAGUGCUCGCUCUUUCACGGCACGCGCUCCGAAUUUGUCGGUUCGAUUUGCAAACAAAACUUCGACUUCAGGCUGAGUGGAGGGCAACACGGAACAGCCUACGGUCACGGUAACUACUUUGCAGUUAGCGCAGCAACGGCAUCACUCUUCUCAGUGAAAGACGCAGACGGAAAUAAAUACAUUUUCGUAUGCAAGGUUCUCGUCGGAGAUUACACGCGAGGGAAUCCGACGCUGCGUCGUCCGCCCGCCAAGUUUUCGACAAACAGUUGCUACGAGAUGUACGACUCGGUGUGUGACAACCGGCAAGAGCCGUCUCUCUUUGUAGUGUUCGAUAAUGAUCAGGCGUAUCCGGAUUACGUAAUCACGUUUCGCUAGCAAAACGGCAAAGUCUAGAUUACAAUCAUUGGUAAUAUUAUUACCAACUACCAACAUAUAAUAUUAAUUUCAUGCAACAAGUAUAUUUAUCUGUUAUAUUAUCAAUGCACUUUGA